UCAACAGCCAUUCCAGUGAAGUCUUUCGUCGUAGGUGGUUGGAGCGGGAAAGCUUGUUAGAGACGCUGUGCUUUGGGAAUUCGCAAAGUUACAUCCAGCUUCAACAUUAAGAUUUGGAGGGCGGACAAAGUGAAGUGAGUGCUGUCGGUAAUAAGUUUUGAAGUUGUUUGUGCCUUGUCAUGGCAACAGAAGCUCAAAGACUAAUCAGCAUUUCGCUGACGAAGAUUGCACAGUCGAGAGCGCAGCGUGGGGGUGUUAGCCUACACAAAAAUUUGCUUGUUGCGACUGUCCUGCAGAAGGCUCGUUACGUCUUCAUGGAGGAGGCGUAUCACAUGGUGCAUUCAACAGGCGGUAUUUACACGGCUACGGUUUCGAGUGCCCAGCAGCAGAAUCAAGCAAGUUACGAGCAAAAUUACGACGACGACAGCAGUCAGGUGAGUCUGUCACCAGAAGCUACUACAGACCACAUCCAUUCAGAGGACAGCGAAGGGUCGUCGAGUGACAGCCCUCUGCAAGAGUUCCUUGACCAGUCGUGCAUACGUUGCACGGAUUCGGCAGCGUCGUCGAGUGAAGAGGAUAACAAGGAGAACCACGCGCCUUCUCAUUGUCAGAACCCAGUGUCAUCACAUACUGUUACAGAUUCUCCCACGUAUUUCGAUUUAGACAAUACAUCUCGCAGUGAAGACAACAAAGUGUUCAGGGACAGAUCUAAUAAUGCGUCACAACCCUCUUCUAGUAGGUGCCUCAAGAGGAGACGGGCCGUAGCUGAGUGGGAAACGGAAGAGGCGGUGUCUUCAAUUUUGCCCAAGAAAGCGAAGACAACGGAGUGCAGUGACACCGAGGGUGACGACUCGGUCUUCAUAGACGAUGCGGUCUUGUUCACGGAGUGCGGUGUGAGUGACGCGGACAGUGACGAUGCAGAAGAUACCGCGCGCACAACUAUGGAAAUUGACACAAUCACGAGUUUGGUGUCAAUCUUCAGUUUUGGUGGACUGGCGGCGAGUGACAUGUCAGCUGCAGGCGGUGUUGCUAAGUUGACGAGGUCUAUGUCAACCCCAGAUCUGUGUUCGGCGCAAGCAAAGGAAGGAGUAGAUGUUCUUCAGCAGAGGCCUUUCCUGGCGAUGACGGUGUGAUGCAGCCACGGUCAUCUGUUUGCUGAUUGGAGGUCCGGCAGAAAGUGUAGAU